AUGGAUCCUAGUGAAAUAGCUGUGAAGGACCUUUUUCCAUUAGGAUCGUUAAUCUUAUUACCCACUCGAGUUCCCAAGAUGUUGGAGCAACUACUCAUCGUCACACGAGGGGGCCUAAUCCUCUGGACGUGCAAGGAGCUCGGAAAUGCACUCAGGGGCUUACCCAUGGACACCCUCAUUCGCUCCUGCCUUCUCGAGGAGCGUUCUGGCGCAGCCUCAUACAACUAUGAUGCCCCUGGGGCUUCGUACACUCUCAAGUGGACCUUCCACAAUGAGCUAGGCCUCGUGUUUGUUGCCGUGUACCAGCGGAUCCUCCACCUCCUCUACGUGGAUGACCUUCUUGCUGUGGUGAAAAAAGAGUUCUCCGAGAUUGACGACCCCAAACGGACCUCGUACCCCGAUUUUGACGAUAUUUUCCAGCAGCUGAAGAAAGAAGCCGAGGCCCGUGCAGAGGAUAUGAAGAAGUCUAAACAGGUGGUCAAACCCUCGAACAACAAUAAUAAUCCUGGAAGAAAACAGGAUCGGAACGGGAAUAAGUCUGGUAAAGAUGGUGAUGAUGCUUUAGAUCGUCCGUUAGAAAAUGGUAGCCUUAGGAAGAAUAUUAGUAACAAAGUGAUUAGCUCGAACGGGAAGGAGGAGAAUGGUGCCUCGAAUAACGGGGCUUUUGAUGUGAGCAAACUGCAGAAGAGGUCGAAAGGCGGGAAAAAGACGGAGGCCAUAGUUGGAAAGGUCCCUAAGGUGGAGCUGAAGAAGGUGGCGAAAAAAAUAGGGUUUGGGAUGAUUCGCCUAAGGAGACGAAGCUGGAUUACACAGAUGGGGCUGGAGAGUAUGAUGGAUAAAGAGGAUAUUGUUAGCAGUGAUAGCGAGUCUGAGGAGGAGAUGGGAAAGGAUGGUGGGCCAGAUGGGAAGAAGAAAGGGUGGUUUUCGUCCAUGUUCCAGAGUCGCUGUGGUAGUGCUGGGGCUGCUGCUUUAAUUCUCGUUAGUGGAGCUAUGGCAAUUAAGCUUGGACUGAAUGUUAUUGCCAGGAUCAAAGGCUAUGCAGACGCAGCACAGACACCUGAACUGUUCACAACUGCUCCAGCCAUCGCCAUACCAAAGGCGAUCGCUAAUGCUGGCUUGAAAGCAUCCGAUAUUGAUUUCUAUGAAAUAAAUGAAGCUUUCUCUGUUGUAUCUCUUGCUAACCAGAGGCUGCUUAAUAUUGACCCCGUCUUGCGGAUGGGGUCUUGA